UUCCUCCCUCCCUGGCAGGGGCGGGUUCCCCUUCCGACCGUUUGUUUUGUGGGGGAGAUCAAUUGGCCCGCUUGCGCACCCGCUGUUCCUCCGCUCCGCCUUUCAGUUGGGUGUCUCCCUCAACCAUCGUAAAAAAAAAGUUAGGCGAACCUCAAAAGAAGCUCGCGCUUCGAAAAACAAACGUGAAGUGAUUUUUAUAAAGCGGCGUUUUGGUGUUGUCUUCAUUUCUUUAUCUUGUGAGAAGUUGCCCCUAAUAAACACUGCCUCGCCCUUCUGGGGUGUGGUGAUUUCCGGAGGAGUAGCGGCCUUAGUCUUUUGCAGCAAAAACAACAGAAGAGUCUUGUGGCAUCUUAAAACCUAACACAUUUAUUAUGGCAUCAUUAUGCCGCGGCCACAUCAGCCAAAAUCUCCCGCUAUAAUGGAAUUAACAGAUAAUUGCAAUGAAUGAAGAAACUCCUGCAGAUUGGGAGAGUUACUCCAUGGACACCUUCAAGCAAUGUAACCCAGAAGAUCAAUCAGUAGUCAGCAGGAUGCAGAAGAAAUACUGGAAAACAAAACAAGUUUUAAUAAAGGUUACAGGCAAGAAAGAAGAUGAACAUGUGGUAGCCUCUGAUGCAGAGUUAGAUGCCAAGCUAGAGGUUUUUCACAGCAUUCAGGUGACCUGUACAGAUCUUCUAAAGACAAUUGAAAAAUACCAGGAGAGACUUAAUGCUGUAUCUGAGCAGGAAAAUGAACUAGGUGUUUUCUUAAAGUUGCAAGCAGACCAGGGUGAAGCUCAAAUUGACAAGAUGACUGAUGCCACUGGACAGGUCCUCUGUUGUUCUUCCCAACAAAGGCUUGCUCUUUGCACUGCUUUGUCUCGCCUUGGACAAGAACUCUCAACGUUUAGUCGGAGGGGUGUGUCUGAUACUUUAUUAACAAUCAAUCGAAUGGAGCAGGCACGCACAGAGUAUAGAGGGGCUUUGCUAUGGAUGAAGGAUGCUUCACAAGAACUGGACCCAGACACUUGCAAGCAAAUGGAGAAAUUCAGAAAAGUGCAGAUGCAGGUAAGAAACACCAAAACCCAGUUUGAAAAGCUGAAGAUGGAUGUUUGUCAGAAGGUGGAUCUUCUUGGAGCCAGCCGCUGUAAUAUGCUGUCACACUGUCUUGCUAUCUACCAGAUGAGCUUUUUGCAUUUCUGCAAAAAGACUGCUCAAAAGAUGUAUGAAAUUAAUGAAGGCUUUGCAUGUCUCCACUCAUGUCAUCAGGAUGCAUCUGAGAAGUUUAUUAACCAAUCUACUGAAGAAGAGGAGAAUGCCAAUGAAGAGACCAUCUCUGUAAAGCUUGAUAAGCUGAUUUUACUGGAGGAAGAUGCCUCUGAAGUUCUGUUAGACUCAGAACUUCCAACAGACUCAACAGAAGAUUUUGAGAGAGAUUUUUCUUUCCUGGAUAAUUUACCAAGCCCCAGUUCUUCAAGCAGAAGAAAUAUUACCCAGGAAUGUCACACUAUGUUUGAUAGUCCUUGUAUGGAUUUCCCUGUUCAGGGACCUGCGGCAGAGGUAGAAUCCCUAGCUAAUUCACCUGGAUAUCUGCCUUCGCAACUUCUUGAUUUUGGCCUUCAUACUGCUGGGGGCUUCAGUAGUUGGAUCUCACAGUCAGAAUUUCUAGAUCCAUUUUCCAAAUCGAUGCUUGAGAAUCAGCCAGGACCUUCACAUAGCUCACCAAAGAUACCACAAAAGUCUGUCAAGGAGACUAGUAGUCAAGACAUGUCAGCAUGGUUCAGUGCAUUUGCUGACCUGGAUUCCCUUUCAAAUCCAGAUACUAUUGGACGCUCAGAUGAUGAUCUCCUUGCUGCAUGAUUAAGUGAAACCCAGCAGAUAAACUUAUCUAGUAUCAAACUACAGUGUCCUUCAAGGAGAGACAUUAAGACUUUGUUGCAGUCAUCAUCACAGAUAAAGAACAUCAAUGUCAGCAUAUAAAUAAUAUCAAGAAGGGUAAAGACCACCUAUGUUUCAUGGGUAUUUUCAAUGCUAUGAAAGCUUAUUCAUUACUAUUGCAGAAAUAUCUUACAAUUAAUUUGCCUCUGAAUAGAGUGAUAAAUACAAGAUUUUACUCAUAAUUUCCAGAAAUGAAAGUCAUAAGUCAUAAGCAGCUGGGCAAACCAAUAUCUUUACUAUUAUAAUAUAAUAUUUCUGGACCUUUUUAACCCAGUAGAUAGUUAAUAAUCCUUACAUUGCAUACACUGCUUACUUUUAAAGGAUUUUUAAGUAGUAGGACAGAUCAUCCAGAACUCUUGCAGCUGCCAAAGUUCAGUUUGUUAAGAGGCCAAACUUAGAGACCCCAAGCCCUUUAUAAUUGGAAAAUUUGCAUUUGGGGGGUUAUUAGGAUGAGAAAAGUGGGGGUAAGUGCUUCCUUGCCAGUGUUUCCUUGUUCCUAAUUUCACCUCCAAGUUGCUUUCCCCUGAAGAGUUAGGGAUACAUGCUUAUCCAGAUCUGUAACUCUUCAGAGAAAAAUUGCUAGGAGACUUAUUUGAUAUGGGGAAAGGGUUGAGAACCCCUCCCUCUGCUGCUUCUCUGGUCUAGGUUACCCCACCUGAAGUGGCUUUUACAGUUUAAAAAGGGAUGUCAGGUGAUGUUCCUCAAUCUUCUUGUAAUGCCUAGCUUGGCCCUAAGCAAGAGUACAACUGAAAAGUUUUAAAGGAACCAGAACCCUCCAUUAGUUACCGGCAUAAUGUCUUUUCUUCUGUGUUGCUCAGUUACUUGAAUCUCCCAAUAACAAAAGCAUACCUAGUUAGUCUGUUGUCAUCCUUUUCCAGCUAUAUAGUUCAUUAUUUGGAAACUGAUUUCCAAAUAGAUGUAGAGCCAACUUCUAUAUGCAUGAAAAUGUUAAAAGCUAUACAACAGAUUCAUAAAGUUAUAUUCUAUUGAGAGAAAUGCACUGUUAGUUUAUUAUUAUU